AUGGUGGACAAGAAGAAACAAGCAGCAAAAGCCCCUGCUCCUCAAAUGAGUGGUGAGUCCAUCGCUCAACCCAUGGGGGGUGGAGUGCGCAUUAGGAGAAAAACGAGUUGCUACGAAGGCACCCUUUUCUUACUUUGCAAUGCUCCAGACUCAUUGAAGCUGUCCUAUCAGGUUGUUCAAGGCGCGACCGAAAAGCUGAAGCGUCUGCAAGAAGAACAAGAGGCAGCAAAGAAGGUCCGAUGGGGCUAUGUAAAGUUCGAGUACGAGGAUAUUCCCAAGCUGGCAAACCACACUUGGCUCUGCACCGAAUGCAUGAGGACCUAUCCGUCCUUCGCAGAGGCUGCUCGCCACUUCUCUACGCGACGUACGAAGAAGUAUUUGUGUGAUGGCUUGAAGGAGGAUCACCUGGCCGAUGGGGACCCGGCAAGCAGCGCUACCCAAAUGCUGGACAGAAUCGGAUGUCCGAUUCUCUUCGACAUCACCAAGCUUCGAGUGCGCCGUCCAUGGUACACCUACGUAUUAGCCGCCAAAUCUGUAAGUGCACGGGCAGCUAAGUUCUACCGCAGGAGACGCCUACUAACCCGAGAGCCCAUCGCUCUAAGCCAGCCAACUUAGGGUGAGGCAUUCUUACCCAGCCAACUCAAGCUGACCAUCGAACGCGACCGUGAAUAG